AUGACUGCUACGAAGGUAAGUACCAGAAGUGCCCUCGAUGUCUUUCUCUUCGCUGCCGAGUUCCCCGCUGAGAAGGAUCGGUAUGUUCUGUACAUCAACCACACCUGCCCUUGGUGCCACCGGGCCAUUAUCGUCCGUGCUUUGAAAGGCCUGGGAGACAUCGUGCAAAUGGUUGAAGUAGACGCGCGAGAUCCGACGCAUGGUUGGUUUUUCAGCGGCUUCCGGGGCCCUUCUCGUGAUCCAAUCUAUGGUGCCAGGUGGUUGAAAGAGCUUUACUUGAAGGCAGAUCCUCAGUACAAGGGAAGGAUUACGCUUCCAAUGCUAUGGGACAAGAAGAACCACACCGUGGUCAACAACGAAAGCAGCGAAAUCAUGCGUAUGCUUAUAGACGGGUUUGACCAAUUCUUGCCUGCCGGAAAGCACGAAGCAAGCAAGGGUAUUUCUGCCUUCAUUCCAAACCAUCUCAGAAACGACAUUGAUCAACUCAAUUCCUGGGUAUACGACGACAUUAACAAUGGUGUUUAUAAGGUCGGAUUUGCGACGACACAAGCAGCAUACAAUGAGCAUGUUGUAAGACUGUUUCGAGCCCUUGAUAGACUGGAGCAGCACCUUUCGCAAUCGAAUCACCGACCUUUUCUUCUCGGAAACCACAUCACUGAGGCCGACAUUCGCCUCUAUACCACGUUGAUCCGUUUCGACGUAGCAUAUUACACGAUGUUCAAAUGCAAUCUCAAGAUGAUCCGGACCGACUACCCGCGUCUGCAUGCAUGGCUUCGACGCCUCUACUGGAGUGAAGGCCCUGAAACUGGAGGUGGCGUUUUCAAACGGACUACAUUCUUUGAUGUUGUAAGUGCAACGGCCUGUCAGUCAGCAGUCGACUAA